AUGACGAGGCCAAUUUCACCAAAUGGCCGAGGGCCAAGUUCCGAAUCGGGUCAUUAUGCAAAUCCAUUUGGAGGGAACCCAUUCGACACGGACGAGGGCAGCGCUGCCGCCUCUCUGGCCAGCAAUUCCACCUUCACAGUUAAUGUCAUCCCAGACAACCAAGACAAUGCUGCCCAUGGAAUUCGGGGACCAGCCCCGACCGUCCCUCCCCACCACCGCCUCAGCCGUGGGGACAUUGAACGAUCUCCUCUAGCGAACGAGAUCACCAACGAAAAGGUCGACUACACGAGUCCUUCUGAAAUCGACAGCGAGCAUGCCAAUCAUUUGCACGCCCGCCGCCACAGCAAGAUCGUCGAUGCCGACACCGAGAAAUUGCGGGAGAGGCACACCUCGGCAUUGGGCAAGUCGUCCGGUCUUCCGCUCCACAAGCGGAUGUACCAUGCCUUCCGGAGGACCUACUGCCCAAUCGAACCUCCAGAGCUUGUUUUGCCCGUGUGUCCCGACGACAGGGAGAAGGUGAUGUACGUCCACACGAACCGCAUCCUGCUCUACAUCUUUGGUGUCAUCUCCUUCCUGGCACUCGGCGCCGGUAUGUGGCUGUUCACCCUCUCCUCGCCCGUGUUCUACUGGUACGCUGCUUUCGCGGGUGCCAUGUGCAUCUACCUGUUCAUCUCGUAUGCUGUCGGCGUCAUCGGUCGCGACUGGGACUACCAGGCCCAUCUUGGGCUUAUCGAGCGACAUCCCAUCACCGACGAAACCGCACCGACUGUCGAUAUUUUCCUACCGGUCUGCAAGGAGCCCAUCGAGAUUUUGAACAACACUUGGCGUCAUAUUGCCAAACUCGACUGGCCCGCCCACAAGCUCAAGGUGUACGUCAUGGACGACGGAGUCCUCGACGAGGUUCGGCAACUGGCCGAGAGCUUCGGCUUCAUCUAUUCGGUUCGCGACGACCGUCCCCGUCUCCGAAAGGCCGGCAAUCUCCGGUGGACCUUCGCUCGCACCAACGGCGACUUUUUCUGUAUUUUCGAUGCGGACUUUUGCCCUCGCCCCGACUUCAUUAAGGAACUUAUUGUCGAGCAUCUGGACGAUCCCAAGACCGCCAUCGUGCAGAGCCCCCAGUUUUUCCGCGUCCUCGAGGAACAGACGUGGGUCGAACAGGGCGCCGGUGCCACCCAAGAGCUCUUUUACCGCGUCGUCCAAGUCAACCGCAAUCGAUGGGGCGCGUCCAUUUGCGUCGGCAGCAAUGCCGUCUACCGCCGAGCGGCCCUCGAGGAGGUCGGUGGCACGGCCGAGAUUGGUUUCUCCGAAGACGUACACACGGGUUUUGGCGCCGUCGAUCGCGGCUGGAAAGUCAAGUAUAUUCCGCUCUGCUUGGCCACCGGCGUGUGUCCCGAUUCCCCUAGGGCGUUUUUCUCGCAGCAGAUGCGAUGGGCACGUGGCAGCACUACUCUUCUCACCAACGGCCACUUCUGGGUGUCCAAUUUGACCUUCAUGCAGAAGGUCUGCUAUCUUUCGGGCUUCCUCUAUUAUUCCGCCGUCUCGCUGAACAUCUUCCUCGCCCCCAUCGCUGGUACGCUCCUGCUCGCCGUUCGCCCCGAGUUCUUCCGGUACUGGAACCUAGCCUUUGCCAUCCCAUCCAUCCUCUAUGGUGUUAUCCUCAUGCGUGUUUGGGCCAAGGCCAAGUACGGCUUCAACGUCCAGCAUGCCACGACGGUGCAGAGCUAUGCGUAUCUCACGGCCAUUAAGGACCGCCUGUUCAACAUUGAGCUGCUCUGGGCAGCCUCGGGCGAUACCAAGGCACACAAGAGCAACAAGUAUCGCAACAUGCGCCUCCUCUGCAUUUUCUGGACAAUCAUGGUCAUGGGUUCGAUGAUCGGCGUCGUGACCUGGAGGCUCGUCACCGGCUUCACCUGGUACCACACGCUUCCCCUUCUCAUCAUCAACGUUUACAACUUCUACAUCAACCAUUACUUUAUGUUUUGUAAUUGGUAA